CCGCCUCUUCCGGAGCAGCCACCAUUUCCGGUAAGAAGAGACAGGAGCAACUGAGGGAAAUGAGGAUUCUAUGGAGCCACCUCUUGAAUGUAGUAAGGAAAUCAAUAAUAUGGGAAGAAGAAAUCCUCUCAAUAUGAUGGUGUUGCUGAAUGCUUGACCUCACAUAUAGAGCGAAAGGACAAAAGAAGACGGAAGUAUCUGUAUUGCAAUUAAACACCCAUAUCACUGUUGACAUGAAGGAGGAAGCAUGUAUAUGCCUGGAGUGUGGAAAGAGUUUCACUCAGAGGGAUCAUCUGCAGCGACAUCAAAUGACUCACACUGGGGAGAAACCCUAUACAUGCCUGGAGUGUGGGCACAGCUUCUCUCAGAGUGGAAGCCUACGCUCACAUCAAAGGACUCACACUCGGGAGAAACCUUAUACAUGCCUAGAGUGUGGAAAGAGCUUCAUUCAUAGUUCAGGCCUUCGUUCACAUCAAAGGACUCACACUGGGGAGAAACCCUAUCCAUGCCUGGUGUGUGGACAGAGCUUCUCUCAGAGUGGAAGCCUACGUUCACAUCAGAGGACUCACACUGGGGAGAAACCCUAUAGAUGCCUGGAAUGUGGACAGAGCUUCAUUGAGAGUAGAAGUCUACGUUCACAUGAAAGGACUCACGCUGGGGAGAAACCCUUUACAUGCUUGCAGUGUGGAAAGAGCUUCAUUCAGAAUACCGAUCUACAUAAACAUCAAAGGAUUCACACUGGCGAGAAACCAUAUACGUGCUUGGUGUGUGGACAGAGCUUCGCUGAGAAUGGAAAUCUACACAGACAUCAAAGGACUCACAAUGGGGAGAAACCUUAUACAUGCCUGGAGUGUGGAAAGAGCUUCACUCAGAGUUCAAAUUUACAUUCACAUCAAAGGACUCACUCUGGGGAGAAACCCUACACAUGCUUGGAGUGCGGACAGAGCUUCACAGAGAAUGGAAAUCUACAAAGACAUCAAAGGACUCACACUGGGGAGAAACAUACAUGCCCGGAGUGUGGAAAGAGCUUCAUUCAUAGUUCAGGUCUACGCGCACAUCAAAGGACUCAUACUGGGGAGAAGCCCUAUACAUGCCUAGAGUGUGGAACAAGCUUUGCUGAGAGUGGAAGUCUACGUUCACAUAAAAGGAUUCACACGGGGGAGAAACCCUAUAAAUGCCUGCAGUGUGGAAAGAGCUUUGCUCAGAGUUCAAAUCUACAUUCACACCAAAGGACUCACACCGGGGAGAAACCCUAUAGAUGCCUGGAGUGUGGACAGACUUUCAGUGAGAGUAGAAGUCUACGUUCACAUCAAAGCACUCACACUGGGAAGAAUCCCUAUCCGUGCCUGGAGUGUGGAAAGAGCUUCACUCAGAGUUCAGAUCUACAGAAACAUCAAAGGAUUCACACGGGGGAGAAACCCUAUACAUGCCUGGCGUGUGGAAAGAGCUUCACUGAGAGUGGAAGUCUACGUUCACAUCAAAGGAUUCACACUGGGGAGAAACCCUAUACGUGCCUGGAGUGUGGAAAGAGCUUCACUCAGUGUUCAGGUCUACGUUCACAUCAAAGGACUCACACUGGGGAGAAAUCCUAUAAAUGUCUGGAGUGACGUCAGAGCUUCACCCAUUGUUCAAAUAUACAUUCACAUCAAGGGACUUAGACUGGGGUUCUCCCAGUCUCUAUAAACACAUGGUGUGUGGAAAGAGCUUCUCUGAGAAUUCAGUUCAACAUAGACAUAGAAUUCAUUGGAGAAAACAGUGGUGUUUGACUUCAAAGAGACUUGCCAAGAUAAGAGUUUUGCAGACUUUUCAUGCUGGUGAAACACUUUUUAGAAAUGCAUCCUUUUGUUACACAGUAAUUCAGUUACCUAGCAAAUCAGAGGUUAAACCAACUCCCUAUAAGAUGUUCAAUAUCUAUAUACAGUAGAGUCUCGCUUAUCCAACAUUCUGGAUUAUCCAACGCAUUUUUGUAGUCAAUGUUUUCAAUAUAUCGUGAUAUUUUGGUGCUAAAUUCAUAAAUACAGUAAUUGCUACAUAGCAUUACUGCGUAUUGAACUACUUUUUCUGCCAAAUUUGUUGUCUAACAUGAUGUUUUGGUGCUUCAUUUGUAAAAUCAUAACCUAAUUUGAUGUUUAAUAGGCUUUUCCAGAUCAUUAAAGCAGAUAAUCCACGUUAUCUGCAUUGAACUACAGCCCCUUCUACACUGCCAUAUAAAAUCCAAUUAUCCACUUUGAACUGGAUUAUAUGGCAGUGUAGACUCAUAUAAUCCAGUUCAAAGCAGAUUAAAUGUGCAUAAUAUUUGCUUUGAACUGGAUUAUAUGGCAUUGUAGAUCCAUUUUGAGGCCCCUUCUACACUGCCAUAUAAUCCAGAUUAUUGAGUCAGGUAAUCCACAUUAUCGGCUUUGAACUGGAUUAUAUGGGGCCCCCUCAACAUUGCCAUUUGAAACCCAGAUUAUCUGUUUUGAACUGGGUUGUAUAUGGCAGUGCAGAUCCAUAUAAUCCAGUGGCAAAUUACACUUUUUCCCUGUGCAGAUCAAUAGGGAAAAACCAUUAGUUGAAAUAAAUAUAUAAAGCCCAGCCCUUGUAAAUGUGAACGUUGGAGAUUAAAACAAUUGGCAAGCUUGAUUAGUAUUGAGGAGCCUGGCCGUUGCUGCCUGGGGGCAUCCUCUAUUUGGAAGGUGUUAACUAGCCCUUGAUUGUUUGUUGUCUGGAAUUCCCCUGUUGCUGAGUGUUGCUCUUUAUUUACUGUCUUGAUUCUGAAUUUUUUUAAAUACUGGGAGCCAAAUUUUGUUGAUUUCUAUUGUUUCCUCCUUUCUGUUGCAAUUGUCCACCUGCUUCUUGUGGAUCUCAAUGGCUUCUCUGUGGAGUCAAGAGUCCCAGACAAAGGAUGUCCCCAGGCAACAACAGUCAGGCUUUGCAACUGCAAGGCUAUUCAAUGCUAAUCUAGGAGACAGAAUGAAGAGGGGGCAGGAAGACAUCAUUCCACCAUGUCUCCUGUGUCAAUAUAACAAUAUAAUAAAAUAUAAUAAUCAUAUUAUGCUAUACUAAUAAUAUAAUAUAUUGUAUAUGCAUAUAAUAUUAAUAAUAUUAUAAUGUAAUACAAUAUAAUAAUAAUUAUACACUAUUAUAAUGGUAUAUUUAUAUUACAUGUAAUAUUACUAAUAAUAUUACAAUAUAGUGUUAUAGUUCAAUAUAGUAAUAUAUAAUGCUUAUAUUGUGCUAUAUGUAUAAUAUAGUAUAUUUAUAUACAUAUUGACUUGUGCACCACCCCGAGUCCCCUUCAGGGUGAGAAGGGCGGGAUAUAAAUGUUGCUAAUAAAUAAAAUAAUAAAUAAAUAAUCAAGCUUGCUAAUUAUGACAUUCACAGAUCCUUCUCCCACCCUGGACAUUAUUCCAUGCGUAAAUACUACACUUGCUUCACUGCCAACAGAACUUCUGAAGAUGCUUUUGUCACAGAUGCAGGCAAAAUGUCAGAGGAGAAUGCUGCUGGAACUGCAGGAACAUGCCCACACAGCCCGGAAAUCUCUUUCUGUUUCUUAAGAAGAAAAAAGCAGGCACGGCGGCUCAUCGUCGAACCGUUCCCUCGGUGUAAAGAGCUUUUAUUCGCCGAUGAAACGACAAGGAAAGGGCGCAAAGGGGGGGGAAGUGUUUGCAGAACCCCCUCCCCGCCUGACAUUAAAAGUAACAGAUUAAAACAUUGUCCCAUGCGGAAUAUGCGCGGGUGUCCCAUGUGCUCCUGGGGCCAGCCCUGUCCCUUGCCCGCAAAGGAGGAGGAGGAGGAUGCUUCUGUAUGCAUGCGCUGAUGCUUCGUCUUCUUCUUCCUCAGUUUCUUCCGCUGUGUGUCGGGAUCAUCCGGGUGUCACACCGGGAUCGGCCUCAGUUUCCCUGAGAAAACGAGACGGGAGAAGAGAGGGGUUUUCGAUGGACGACGGGUCAAGUGUCCCAUUACAGCCACUGCGACGCAUGCAGGGCGGCUUUGCUCCCAAACACUUUCUGCACAGAACUGAGCCACAACUCUAACAUAAUAAUAAUAAUAAUAAGCCCAGGAGCAAGCCAGCAGAACAAAUGCAAUUAAGGCCAAGAUCGAAAAAUCAGCUGAUGACCCAAAAUGCAGACUGUGCAAGGAAACCGACAAAACCAUUGAUCAUAUCCUCAGCUGCUGUAAGAAAAUCGCACAGACAGACUACAAACAGAGGCACAACUAUGUGGCCCAAAUGAUCCAUUGGAACUUAUGCCUCAAGUCCCACCUCCCAGCAGCAAAGAACUGGUGGGAUCACAAACCUGCAAAAGUAUUGGGAAAUGAGCACGCAAAGAUACUGUGGGACUUCCGAAUCCAGACUGACAAAGUUCUGGAACACAACACACCAGACAUCACAGUUGUGGAAAAGAAAAAGGUUUGGAUCAUUGAUGCUGCCAUCCCAGGUGACAGUCAGCUGCUCUCAGGACCUCAAGAUUGAACUUCAAAGUCUCUGGCAGAAACCGGUGCAGGUGGUCCCGGUGGUGAUGGGCACACUGGGUGCCGUGCCAAAAGAUCUCAGCCGGCAUUUGGAAACAAUGGACAUUGACAAAAUUACGAUCUGCCAACUGCAUAAGGCCACCCUGCUGGGAUCUGCACGCAUCAUCCGAAAAUACAUCACACAGUCCUAGACACUUGGGAAGUGUUCAACUUGUGAUUGUGUGAAACAAAAUCCAGCAUAACUAUCUUGUUUGCUGUGUCAUACAACAUCGUUGUGUCAAUAAUAAUAAUAAUAAUAAUAAUAAUUUUUUUUUCGUGUCAGGAGCAACAAAAUUACGAUCUGCCAACUGCAAAAGGCCACCCUGCUGGGAUCUGCGCGCAUCAUCCGAAAAUACAUCACACAGUCCUAGUCCUUGGGAAGUGUUCGACUUGUGAUUCUGUGAUACGAAAUCCAGCAUAUCUAUCUUGUUUGCUGUGUCAUAAUAAAAUAAUAAUAAUAAUAGCAUUGUAUGGUGAACGCAAAGCAUCCUCCGCAAUCCCGCCCUUGUGCUCCAAGCCUUUUACAUGCAGAGGCAUUCAUUGUGGGUUUAUUGUUUUGCUUACUGAAGACUUCUGAAAUCAUCAACAUGCAAAGAGGCAAGUUACCAUUCAGUAGCCACCAGAAACAAAUUGACAACGAGAACUGGAUGCUCUGCCCGACUUUGCCACCCAAAAGUGCUUUGAAAAAUAAAGUGGGAAACCCAGUUUGCAGUGCCUUUGUGCAGAGAAAGUGCCGCGAUGCCCCCGCCAAAGCCAUGCAGCUGCCCUUCAACUCACCUGGAAGCUGGCCUGGGGCACCUCUUAACUCCAGGCUGAAACCAAAGGGCAGGGCUCAGGUCGGUUCCACAUCUCGCCCGUUUUUAUUAUGAAAGAAGCCCCCCAAGCAUGGCGGGGAUGAAUAAAGUAAAGUAUCAGGCCCAGGGGCACAAUACAGGCUGUCCCUGAGUUCCAAACAUCUGACUGAGAAAUGACUCCUAGUUAAGAACGGGGCUGGACUGGAUGGCCUUUGCGGGUACCUUCCGUAUCUCGGGUCUCUUCCAAAUCUAUGAUACUCUAUUUAUCUCAUAUCUAUAUUAUAAACAUACAUGCAGUCCCAGUUACAAACAUUCAGCUUACGAACAACUCCUAGUUAAGUAUGGGGCGGGACUGGAUGGCCUUUGGGGGUCCCUUCCAAAUCUAUGAUACUAUAUCUAUCUCAUAUCUAUAUCUAUAAACAUAUGUACAGUUCCCGAGUUACAAACAUCUGGCUUACAAACAACUCCAAUUUAAGAACGGAGCUGGACUGGAUGGCCUUUGGAGAUGGGUAUCUUCCAAAUCUAUAAUACUAUAUCUAUCUCAUCUCUAUAUCUAUAAACUUAAGUACAGUCCCCAAGUUACAAACAUCCAACUUACAAAUGACUGCUGGUCUGGAUGGCCUUUGGAGGUCCCUUCCAGAGCUACGAUAUGAUACCUAUCUCAUAUCUAUCUAUCCAUAAAUAAAUAUAUACACACAGGCCAUCCCCAAGUUACAAACAUCUGACCUUCAGCAAGAACAGGGCUGGACUGGAAGGCCUUGGGAGUCCUUUCCAAAUCUAUGAUAAUAUCUCUAUCUCAUAUAUAUCAAUAUAUUUACAUCUAUAUAUACAUUGGCAGACACUGAGUUACAAACAUUCGUCUUAGAAACAACUCCUCAUUAAGAACAAUGGGGCUGAGACAACAGGAUGGGAGAAGAAACUUAUCUAUUAUUAUAUUAUUAGUAUUAUUAUAUUAUUGUUUUAUAUAUAUACAGGCAGUCCCCGAGUUACAAACCUCUGACUUAUAAACAACUGCUAGUUAAGAAUAGGGACAACUGGAUGGCCUUUGGGGGUCCUUUUCCAAGUCUAUGAUACUAUAUAUAGUAGAGUCUCACUUAUCCAACAUAAACAGGCUGGCAGAACGUUGGAUAAGGGCGGGAUAUAAAUGUUAUAUUUAUAUAUAAAUAUAAAUAAAUAAAUAAAUAAAAUAAGCAAAAAUGUUAGAUAAUAAAGAGGGAUUAAGGAAAAGCCUAUUAAACAUCAAAUUACAUUAUAAUUUUACAAAUUAAGCAACAAAACAUCGUGUUUUACAAAUUGACGGAAAAAGCAGUUCAAUAAACAGUAACAUUAUGUAGCAAUUACUGUAUUUACAAAUUUAGUACCAAAACAUUGCAAUGUAUUGAAAACAUUGACUACAAAAACAUUGACUACUAAAAGGCAGGCUGUGUUGGAUAAUACAGAAUGUUGGAUGAGCAAAGGUUGGCUAAGCAAGACUCUACUGUAUAUAUAUAUGUGUGUGUGUGUGUGUGUAUAUAUAUAUACACGUAUAUAUAUAUAUAUACACAAACACAUACAUGCAGCCCUCAAGUUACAAACAUCCAACUUACAAACGACUCCUAGUUAAGAAUGGGGGAGACUACAAGAACUGAGAGAAAUUAAUAAAAGGAAAUGGCAGCGGGCCCCAACAACAGAGCAGGAGGCGACAAUGUUAUUGCAACAGGGCCACACGCAAUCCCCUGGAAGAGCCUUACCUGACGUGUGGAGCCGUGCGCGGAGGGAACUCGACCGGCCCGUCCGCGGGGAAGACUGGGAGCGGAUGCAGGGCUGCGCGGUGGGGGACGAGGAAUCUGCCUGCGGAAUUGGAAGGAAGACGGAGAGAAUAAGACCAAAGCAAGAGCUGAUGGGAGAACCCAAGAGGCCAAAGGAGCCCCUUUGCAUCUCUGAAGAGGGUUUAAAAUGGGGGAAUUGUCCUGAUUUGCCUCUCAAGAACAGUCUUAAAACAACCUUGUAAGUAAAUGAAAACUGCUUUGCUUCCGCAAAACAUAAAGAACAGUACACGCAGUUGUAUAAUGAAAAAGAAAACAAAGAAAUUUUAAUGCAGACACAGUUCUUAAGUCUCUGAUAAAUUCCCAAAUAAUGCAGUAGUCUUACGUCAGACAAAGAAACAACAAUAAAUCCUUAGGAGCAGUUUUCCAAACGCAGACUCGAAGCAGGCACAAGGGGAGCGAAGGCUUAAGCACCAGAGUUGUUUGUUACCAGCAAAACUGACUACUCCUGCUUCUGAUUUAUAGCCCACAAGUUCCCCCAAUUACUUUAGCAUUUCUGGCAGCUAUUCUAGCUGAACGGUAUUACUGUAUCCUGAACUAUAUUUGGAACUAAGAUGAUUUUACCUGUAUGAAUUUACCUCAUGCAAGCUUUGUGAGUAAACUCUUUUACUAUUUUGA